AUGCGGCAGCAGGUCGUGUGUUUGGGCCUGCAGGAGAGAUGUGGACCCGGGUUGUGUGCAGGAGUACAGCAGCAGCAUUACCAAGGGCCGGGGGGGGUGGCUCUCGCGGAGCCCCUCGUGGUCGCCGCGGCGUCCUCGCUCUGGAUUCUUGGGGAACCGGGGGCGGACGGGAGCCCCGCGGCUAUAGACGGGGGGGGGGUCACCGGCCUGGUGGACCUGGGCGAGGGGAGUUCGCUCAGGCUGGAAGGCGUUACCCUGAGGAACGCCAGCCGCGCGAGCGGAAACGGCGGCGCGAUCAGGGCGGAAGCGGAGGGAUGCUCGGUGGUCGCGGUGGACUCGAGCUUCGAGGGGAACCAAGCCGCGUCAAGUUUUUACCUGGAAGGGAGGGGCGGCGCUCUUGCCCUCGGGGGAGGGGGCUCCGCGGAAUUGGAUAACUGCGUGGUGUCCGGGAACCACGCGCAGCAGUCGGGGGGAGCCUUCUCGACGCAGGGCGACGGCUGCUCGUUGGUGCUGGUCGGGUGCUCGCUGGAGGGCAACAGGGCGGAGGUGGAGGGAGGGGGGGUGGUGCUCGAGGGGAGGUCGACGGUCUGGUUGGACGGUUCGACGUUGUUGGAGAAUUCGGCGGGGGACCAGGGGGGGGGCGUGCACGGCGUUAACGCGACCGUGGGCGUCGUGCGGGGUUCGCAGCUCGUCAACAACACGGCGAGUUACUACGGCGGGGGCGGCAUCUCUCUCUCGGGUGCUUCCAACCUCACGGUCUCGGACAGCUCCUUCCUGGACAACUAUUACUUCGGGGACAGGACGUUUGGACUCGGCGGAGGAGUGAAAAUUAUUGGGUCGUACGCCACGACGACCAUCUCCAUCACCGACUCCCUGUUUGAGGGGAACUCUGCGACAGACGGGGGGGGGCUUUACAUCAGCUCGGACUACGUGCUGACGGUUUCGCGCACGGUUUUCCACGACAACGUGGCGGGUUUUUUCGGAGGCGGUGCGGUAUUGGAAUCCAACGGAGUCGCCGCGUUGUCGUCGUCCAACUUUACCGGCGGCUUUGCGUGGAACGGUGGCGGAGCUCUGGAGGUUGAGGGCAGCCGCGUGUCUAUAUCCGACUGCCUGUUCGAGGGCAACAGCAACAAGUUCGCGGGGGGCGCGAUCAGGGUGGAGGAGGAGGCCGCGGUGUCCCUGAGCGGGACAACCUUCUCGAACAACUUCAUCUCCAGCCAGAGCGGGGCUGGCUCGGGGGGCGCGGUGUCAGUGUCGGCAGGGACGCUGACUGCGACCGACUGCAACUUCGAGAACAACCAAGCUUUCCACGACGACCGUUACGACGUGGAGACCGAUCCACUCGAGGGGGGGGGCGCCGUGAUUAUUUCGGAUGGGUCCAACGUGGGAGGCGCCCUGCUCGCAGAAGGCUCUUCCACAGCAACGCUUACCAACGUUGCCUUCACGUCGAACCAGGCGGGAGUCUACGGGGGCGCUCUGUCCAUCUACGAGGAAUCGGUUUGCCUCAUGAACGCGUCGCACGUUGGCGCCAACACCGCGGGCUUCGGGGGGGGCGGGAUGUUCCUUAGCGCGUCAACGGGCGAGCUUGACGGGGUGGCAUUUGUCGGUAACUCUGUUUCUGGCGGAAGCGGGGGCGCCGUCUUCUUCUCCUUGGGAACCAACGCCACGGUCACCGGAGGCCUUUUCUCAACCAACACUGCCACCGACACCGGCGGGCACGUCGUCGCCGCCGACGCCCACACCAACGUCGAACUCCUCCCUGACGCCGCCGCCGCAUCAGGGGUAGGAACUACAGCAACGCCGCUGGUUCUUUCGGGGGGAGAGGCCGGCACUGACGGCGGCGCUGUGCACGCCUACGGCGGGGCCGCCGUCACCGCCGUCUCGGUCGAGAUGUCCGGGAACCGGGCGGGCGGCAACGGAGGUGCCGUCAGCGCGGACGGGGCCAGGGUCGUGGUGGCAGACGGGUGCACCGUGACGAGGAACGCGUGCGGCGGCGACGGCGGCGGGGUUAGCGUCGCCGAUGCGUACUUCGUAGGGACCGGGACCAACUUUUCGAGGAACGAGGCCGGGUCGGAUGGCGGCGGCGUCAGGGCGUUCACGGGGGCGGACGUGGUGUUGGAGGGCUGCGUGGUGGACGGAAACACGGCUCAGCUGGGCGGCGGGGUGAGCAGCGUGGACGCUUCUCUGGCCGCCAGCGGGUGCCGCGUGACGGGGAACACGGCGUUCACCGACGGGGGGGGGCUCCGUGCAUCGUACCUGUCCAAGGUCGUGCUCGACACGUGCGAGGUGUCUUUCAACACCGCGGAUUUCGACGGCGGUGGCGUUGCCCUGGAUGCCUCCUCCGGCACCGACAACGACAACCUCAACGCCGCCAACGCCUCCUCCGCUCUAGACUGCCGCGGCGGAACCUUCGAGGGCAACCACGCGGGUGAGCGCGGGGGCGCCGUGUACGUGACUCGGGAGUCGGUGCUGUCCUUCGAGGGCUGCGAGUCCUUCGGCAACUCCGCCUCUCUCGGAGCGUCCGUGUACGCGUCACAUUCGUUCGUGACGCUCAGCGAGGGAUCGGUGCUGGCUAACGAUGAGGUUCCCACGGGGGCCAUGGUGUACGCCCUGAGCACGCAGCUGGUGGCCUGGAACGCCAGCUUCUCGGUGGACGACGCGCCGUCCAUGCUGGCGGUGGAGAUGACCAGCGGGAGUUCUAUGAGGGCGUUGGCGUGUUCUUUCAGCGGGUGGGAGGGGCCGUACGUCGUGCUCACGGGGGGAGAGCUGGAGAUGGACCUGUGCGACUUCAGGGGAAGGUUUGGGAGGGGUGUUUUGGAGUGCCUAGGGGAGACGACAACCUUGGAGCUGGAGGCUCCAUCGUAUGAGCUGUUGGCUGUGGGCAUCCAGGGCACCAUUUCGUCGACGCUCAAUAUUACGGCGGGGAUCGAGGGGGGUCCAGUGGUGUGGAAGGUGGAGGAGGUGGCUGACGUGCAUCCGACAGAGGCCCUGACGUGGAGCAUUGUGCCUAACGUGGGUAUCCUUGAGGAAGGGGGUUCCGCGACUGUCGCCAUCACCGGCAGUCUCACGUCCGACUUCAACGGCCCGACACAAGCGCUCUUCAAGGCCGAGAGCCGCCAGUCUGGGAACACCGCGCUUGCCAUGGUCAAUACCACCUUUUACUACUGCCAGCAGGGCGAAUACUUCAGCGAUGAUGAGUGCCUGCUGUGCUCCGACCUCGAGCUGGACGGCGAAGGGUUAGACUGCGACGAGCCCGGGGUGCUGCAGUUGACCCUCCCCGUGGCGAGCGGGUACUGGAGGUCGAGCGACGACACCACCACCAUCAGGAAGUGCCUGUACGAGGAGGCCUGCGAGGGGGGCUCCGCGAUUUCGCAGUCGGACGAUUACUGCGCCGUCGGGUACCAGGGACCCUACUGUGCCGUGUGCUUAUCGGGGUAUGCCGGCGGCAUCUCGAACGGGUGCCACGAAUGCACGGAGGCGUUUCGCGCGUGGAUGUACGUGCUCGCCGUCCUCGGAGGUCUCUUGGCCCUGGCCUGUGCGUGGCUACUCUUUCGAUAUCUGAUUCAAGAGCCAGUCAGCCCUGGUCGCUUCCUUUCCUGCAGGAACAGCCGCAUGGUGUCCAAGGUUAAGGAGCUGCCCCUACACAAGCUGAAGAUCCCCAUCGUGGUUUUCCAGAUCUUGACCCAGUACGCCGACAUCACGACGGUCGACUUCCCGCCGGCGUUCACUAAGCUCUUGGGUUUCAUGGACGUCCUCAACCUGGACAUGGGCUGGGUGCUGUCCGCCUCGUGCAUAUUCUCGCCAAACUUUUACGGGCGCCUGGUGCUCACCACCCUGGUACCUAUCGCCCUCGGGCUAGCCCUCUGCUGCACCUUCAUGUACGCCAAGAGCCGCACGGUGAGGGCCGGCCUCCCGAAGGCCAACGAGGGAAGCAGUAUGCGCAGCGUCAACACGGUCGUCAGCAGCAGCAACAACAGCAGCGGCGGCGGCGGCGGCGGCGGCGCGCCCGCCACCGUCGUCGCCGGCAGUAGGAGCGGGCAUGGCAUCAUGAUGUCGGAGGCGCGGCAGAUGUCGGUGGUGAAGAGGAGGCACGUCGGGGUGCUCGUCACGGCGAGCUUUCUGGUCUACUCGACGGUUUCGACCAUCGUGUUUCAGACGUUCGCGUGCGACACUUUGGACGAGCUGGGUACGACGUUCCUCCGGGCCGACUACUCCCUGGAGUGCUACACGCCAGAGCACAAGCUGUACAGGGGCUACGCGGGCAUCAUGAUCUUGGUGUAUCCCAUCGGCAUCCCGCUGCUCUACGCGUGGCUGCUGUUCCGGCACCGACAUCGCAUCUACCCCAAGCAAGCCCUCCGAGACGGGGUGUCUCCCGAGCGGCGCCUAGUGGACAAGAAGAUCGCGCAUACGGUGUUGCUGUGGCAGGCUUACCGCCCGUCUCGCUACUACUACGAGGUGAUCGAGUGCGCGAGGCGGCUGCUGCUGACAGGGUGUCUUGUCUUCAUCCUUCCCAACUCUGCGGGGCAGGCGGGCGUGGCCUGCGUGCUGUCGGUGGCGACGGUGGCGCUGUUCAUCACCCUGAGGCCCUUCGCCGACUCGAACGACGACCGUCUCUACAUACUGGGAGCCAUCCUCAUCUUCCUGUCCAUGUUCGUGUCGCUGGUGCCUAAGAUCGAGAUCGCAGAUGGCGACGACCAGAGCGAAACUGUGGUGUCCUGGCUCUUGAUCGUGCUGAGCCUGACGCUGUGGUUGAUGGCGUUCAUGCAGUGUUUCUUGGAGGUACGCUCGAUUAACGCCGCCAGCGGCAGCCGGUGGGACUCGGGAGACACUUCUUCGAUCGCCAACCUCAUGGGCAACGGCGGCUUCUCCCGCAGGAGCGGCGGCGGGGCCGGGGAAUACAAAUCCGACGGAACAAGCAGCGGCUACAAGAACUUCUCCCCUGAAGACCACCACAACACCGGCCACCCGGCCGACUUCUACGACUUCACUAACGCCCACUUCGGAGGGAGCAGCAGUGGGGGCAAGAGCAACACCAACAAUGCCAAGGGCGGGCCGGCGCUCGGAAGUGGCGAUGGGGGGGGUAAGCACCACGAGCAUCACACCGGCGGUGCCGCCGCCGCCACCGCCGCCGCUGCGGGGGGCGGGGGGGGUAAGUUGCACGCGUGGGGUACGUCUCCUGGGGGCACCGCAGAUGGGCGCGCCUCGGGGUACGCCGACCCGGUAGUGCUUCGUUUCAACGACGGCAUGAACGGCGGCGAUCGAGGCGGAGGAGGAGGGGGCGGGGGCGGGGGGGCGACGGCCGCGGUUCAGUCCUCCACGAGCAACCAGAGCCAGAGCAGCGGCAACACGUACGGCCCGCUCACGGCCAGCAUGGCGGACUCGUCGACAAUGGCCGAAGACAUGUUCGCGAGGCGGCUCGGAGGUGGGGACGGCCGGCCGCCCAGCGGAACCGGCGAUGCCACGGCGGCGGCGGCGGCGGCGGCGGCGGCGGUGUUUUCGGGCAUCGACGAGCACGGGGGUGAGGAAGGCGGAGGAGGAGGGAGAUCGCUAAGGCUCAGCCCCGCGGAGCCCAUGGCGAACGCGUUCCCGGCUCCCAUGACGAACGCCUUUCCCGCCUCCACGGACACGCCCGAGAGCGAGCCUCCCGGCCGCGGGGGCGACCCCGGGCGAGAAUCCGACCACCGAACGAAAGCUGCAGUAACCCUGUCCCCGAGCCCGGCUUCGUCCAUGCACCUCCGGGGUCCGUCGCCGGCGGCGGCAGCCUCCGAGAUGAUGAUGCCGAUGACUUUCGUGGAGGGGGAGGACCCCGCUGCGGUGGGCGGAGGGAGUGCGGCGGCGGCCGGUGGUGGUGGUGGCGGCGGAGGCUUUUGAGGGGGCGGGGGCAGGUGGGGGGCGGCAGGAGGCGGCGUGUGCGGCGACGGCAGUCGAUAGCUCCUUGGGAAGCAAAGCGAGGAAAAGCGAAGCGAAGCAAAGCGAAGCAAAGCCGCACGCUUCUUGUUGGUCGAUCUUGUUCGUUUACAGCGUUGAUGCACUAAACUUACAGGAGUAUAUUUUUACCCCUUUUUGGACCUUGUUACCUACGAGUCAGGUGUUAACUUUCCUACCGGACGAGAUCUGAUGACAUGAUGCGGGAUCGGGUCGCACGUGGCACUCUCUAGAUGCGUGCAUGCAUGCCUCCUUUCAUUGUUGACGCGAGAAUGGCUCAGCAUCCCCUUCUCCUACUCGCGCUUGGCACGCACGGUAUGCUUGAGACCGGAGUACUCCUGGUCAAGCCACUGGAUAGAGAGAAGGGGCAACUAACUCGCUUCGCGUCAUUGUCGUUCUUCAUUCGUUGGUGGUGACAAAAAAAAUGCAAUGUAUUUUAUCCCAUGUGUGAUCCUUUGCAAGAGGCCCUCCGGGGGACGCGAUUUGAAAAGCAAUCGAUUGGCGUAUGCCUAGGUAAAUUCUGGAACUGAAGAGCGAUCGUUUUUAUGUUUUUGAUUCUGGGUGCUUCGACAACAUCGGCGGGGCCUCAGCGGCCACCCCGGGCCCCCCCGCGAAGUGUAGAAGGUUUUGAUUUUUCAAGAACAAUGCGGGUGGGUGCGAUCGUUUUCCAACAUUCGCGGGUCCCCCCUGUUCGCUUUUUUUUUUAUUUGUGUGGAGUCCUCCUGCGCGAGGUUACGUUUCCGCCAUUCAUGACCCCACCAGCAGUCCUACCAUCACUACUUGGGUUUUUGGUCUUUUUAAUAAUACAGAGACGACUCUGUUCCUCUGGCCGUUUGGAAGCGUACUAUAGGUGCUCGAGGCUGAAGUGAUCUCGCGUGUACUACUACCGUGGCAGGGCGUGUUUGUGUUGACGCUGGGGUAAGAGGAGGGUGUGUUGUUCGUGUGUGUACAAUAAAAUGGGAGGGGGGUCGUUGUUUGACUGUGUGGGCGUGGAUGUUGUACCUUUGUGGAGAGGACUAGCGGGUUGUCCCCUCUUGUCUCUGUCUCUCUGUCUCUCGCAGAAAAAGGGAUUCAGCAUAGUGUGAGCUCAGUUGCGUGUUGGAUUGUCUGUUGAUCUCCCCGAAUAGGCUGACUAGCGCGGUGUAGGGGAGCGUAAGGUAGGGAUCAUUUAACACAUGAGAGAGAAAGAACGGCGGGCGGCAGACACGCGACCGCUAUUUGCGCGUGCAAUUUUGUGGUGAAAAAAAAAGAGAGAGAGAGACAUGUCUGUACUUGAUGUCGUCCGUGGGACAUGAUGUGAGCAACAAACCCAACGACGAUGUUGGCCUACAUCGAUAGAAACCCCAUGGCGCCAGUAGAGGCAGUUUUUGCGUGUUGCAUCUGUUUUCAGGCCUUUAUAUUCAGUGCUGUUUACUUACUUUGGUGGUUUUUUUUUUUCCAGCAGAUCAGGCGGCCAGGGAUAGAGAGAUGAUUGGGCGGUGGCACAGCAGCAGCUGUCCUUUCAGUUCUUACGAAAGGAGUUGUGCUGGGUCAGGGAUGUGGUUAUAUGUAGGUAGCCCCUUUUUUCGUUGUUGGCACGGUUUCCUCUGCACACAAAAUGGGCAACCAGCGUCGUCUCAAGCCGUGCGGGGGGGGGGGGGGGGGGUCCAAAAUUCGUGUCCUGGAGGCAUUGUUUAAGAUUCUCCUUGCCGCGGAGCAGAAUCUGUUGGCUUGUCUGCCAAGGACAAGAAGUAUGUUUGUGUCUCCUUGCGCUUGUAGUCAUGUCUUCCACACACUCGCUCACUCUACGUACACAGUAUGUGUUGUGCGUGUCCGUGCCGAGCCAGAGUUUCCCAUCUUCGGCUUGGUCUAUCUCUCCCGUGUCAGCGACGAUAGCGGAGUAGUACCGUAUUUGGGAGCUAUCUGGGGACAUGAAACCCGUUAGUCAAAGCCAGGGUGUGCUGAUCGAAGGCGGGGGUGGGUGCGAUGAAGGAAGGGUGGUAGAGUGUUCUUGUGUUAUCUUGUGAUAGCGGUUGGUGCUCUGUCCCGGAGUGUAGGUCCAAAUUAUUGCAGGACGAGACGGCGUUCGUUCUGAUGCCAGUACGUGUCGUCACCACAUGCUGUUAAAAUGAUCAUCGAAACGUCCCUUGUAGUUGUAAGUACUUUGUAGGCUUCCAGACUACAACUCUGGGAAGCAUCGCGGGGGGGGGAAGGGGGGGGAAACCUUCGUCGUGGAUUGCAUUUUUGUGCUGUUGGGGUUGUCGAAUAGAGGACGUUGUUGUCGAAUGUCGCAUAC